CAAAUUCGGAAGAAGGCAACAGACUACAUCAUUAAACGACCUUGGAAAUAAGAAUCCAAUUUACCUCUUGAUAUUCAGAUAUAUUUGUGUAUAUUUUUAGCUUAAUUUUUUCACUGUCUAAGGAAUAUUUUUGCAUCUGUCAUACUAUGUUGCGUGGAAUUCCACUCUACACUGGAUUACCAAAAUGGCGUUUUUGCUUCGCAGAGAAUUUGCUGCAUCUUUUUUUCCUUUGUUGCAUCUGCCAUUGUGUUACUGGACAUAUCAGAUAUUCGAUCCCGGAAGAGAUGAAAAAAGGCUCACUGAUCGGUAAUGUGGCACAGGACCUUGGUUUGGAUUUAAAAAGACUCCGCUCUGGUCAGGCCCGUCUCGUAAGCGGUGAGAGCGUCCAGUACACCGAGCUGAAGGUAGACAAAGGGGUUUUACUGGUGAAAGAGAGAAUCGACCGGGAGCAGCUUUGUGGCGAAACAACACCGUGUAGUUUUAGUUUUGAAAUGAUUUUAGAAAACCCUACAGAAUUGCAUCAGAUAACAGUUGAGAUUACAGAUAUAAACGAUCAUUCCCCGACGUUUAAAAAAGGCAACAUGAAUUUUGAAAUUAGUGAAUCCGCCUUAAACGGCGCUCGUUUUCCAUUAGCGACUGCAGAAGACCUAGACGUUGGUGUAAAUGGAAUGAGAGAGUAUUUGUUAAGUGAAAAUGAUAAUUUUAUCCUCAAGCAACAUUCGAACGCAGAUGGGAAGAAAUACGCAGAGAUGAUACUUCAAAAGCCUUUAGAUAGAGAGACAAACCCAAGUUUGUCUCUCAAACUGAUGGCUGUGGACGGGGGAAAUCCCCCGAGAUCUGGAAGCAUAAAUAUUGAUGUUGUUGUUCUGGACGCUAACGAUAACGCACCUAUAUUUAAUCAGUCGUUGUACAAAGCUUCGAUUACGGAAAAUUCCAUCAAAAACACUUACGUUACCACAGUUAAUGCUAGUGACGCAGAUUUUGGAUCAAACGGUGCUGUGACGUAUUAUAUUUCUGAUCUUAGUAGCGCACUUGGAGAUUUAUUUAGGGUUGAUGAACAAAGUGGAGUCAUUUUAACAGCAGGGCCUAUCGAUUUCGAAAAAGAUAAAAAGUUUGAGCUUCAGAUCCAUGCAAAGGAUCAAGGAGGUCUAACGGAUUCCAGCAGGGUGAUAAUUGAAAUAGUAGAUAUAAAUGACAACUCCCCUGCCAUAAGCGUGAUGUCAUUCACCAGUCCUGUGUCAGAGGACUCUCCUCCGGGAACAACAAUUGGUCUUAUCAGUAUAAAAGACCAGGAUUCCGGUGAUAACGGACAGGUGAGCUGUAAAAUUGAAGGAAAUGCUCCUUUCAAGAUCAAAUCGAAUCUAAAAAAUUAUUAUACUUUGAUAACAGAUUCUGUAUUAGACCGUGAAAGUAUUUCAGAAUAUAAAUUUACUGUUGUUGCCACAGACAAAGGAAAUCCUCCGCUUUCCACGAAAAGAAUAUUUAACUUGCAAGUGUCUGACGUAAAUGACAACCCCCCCGUUUUUUCUAAGAGAGUUUACAGCGCAUUUAUUGCAGAAAACAAUUCCCCGGGCGUGUCUGUCCUAACACUGACAGCCAAAGACCCCGAUGAGAACCAGAACGCUCGCAUUUCUUACGUGUUAGAAGGUAAAAAUAUUGCUGGAUCCUCAGUUUCUGAAUAUGUUUCUGUGAAUGUAGAAACAGGAGUUGUUCAAGCAAUGCGCUCAUUUGAUUAUGAACUAAUUAAGGAACUGGAUUUCUGUGUCAAAGCGCAGGAUGGAGGUUCUCCUCCACUAAGCACCAACGUAACUGUUAAAUUACUUAUUCAAGACCAGAACGAUAACCCU